AUGUCUUCUGUUCCCGGUUCCGAUCACUGCCUAGUACCACUUGAAUUCGAUACUUAUCCCUUGGGAACCAUAAAGCCCAAUGGCUGGUUAAGAGAUCAAUUGCGACUUAGCGCAAAGGGCCUUGGAGGCAACUUGUUCUACUUCUAUCGAUUCGUCAAAGAAAGCACUUGGCUUGGAGGCACGUGGGAGUAUACCCCCUUGAACGAAGCAGCCCCGUACUGGUACAACUACAUUGUUCCCUUGGCAUACACGCUUGACGAGACACAGGCGGAUUAUUUUCUUGAUUACACAUUGUCUCAUCAAGCUGCCGAUGGCUGGCUUGGCCCAGAGACAACCGCUCAUACCCGCGGUAUCUGGGCGCGCUGUCUCUUACUUCAAGGCCUCAUAAAUCAUGCCAUCGCGGACUCAACAAAACGCCAGGCCAUCAUGGACGCGAUCUUCCGUUUUGUUAGAUUAGUGCACGCCAUGCUCAGCGAUAACUAUGCUGGGUACAUUCCACAGAAGGACGAUGUCUUCGACCUGCAACUUUUUGGGGCUGCCCGUGCCCACGAGCUGGCACUGACGCUUCAGUGGCUUUACGACCAGACGAAAGAUACCGAAGACCGCAGAAUUAUCUGGGAAGUCAUGGAGAUGAUGUGGGAAGGAUCUCGAAUCAUGGAGAGAGAUUGGACCAUCUUCUUCGGAAAGGAUUUUCCACAAGAGCCAUCUGUGAGUGUUCCUGGGGGGGGUCUGUACGCUGUUAUUGACAUCGUAUAUGCAGGACUUCGUUAUCCAGCUCAUCUGAAUCGAAUGCACCCGUCUCCUGAGCUGGCGAACUUAUCUAGAGAUGCUGUUGCCAAGACCUUCAAGUAUCACGGAACUCCAGCUGGAUCACUUAGCAGCGAUGAAUACAUCGGCGGCCUAUCUCCUCAACGUGGCUCCGAGCUUUGCUGCUCCGUCGAGCUCAUGCUCUCAUUGUCAUACCUGUACCAACUCUUCGGGGACAAUGACUUGGCCGACCGCGUGGAACUGGCAGCAUUCAACGCUAUCCCAGCUGGAAUCAGUGCAGAUUGGUGGAGCCACCAAUACAUCACUCAGGUCAACCAGCCAUGGGCCUGCGAGUUGGAACUUACCAAAGGCGAUAAGACGCCAUUUUAUGACGUCUGCCGAUACGCCAACGUCUUUGGACUGGAGCCAGAAUUUCCGUGCUGCACUGUCAAUCACCCUACUGCAUACCCUAAGAUGUUAAUGAACGCAUUCCUCCGAGGUCGGACCAGAAAUGGCAUGCCUUCUGUUGCUCAUGUCCAUCUCAUUCCAUCCCGGCUGGAUAUCGACGGGAUAAGCAUCAACUGCGAAUCCAACUACCCCUUUGUUCCCUGCGCAAUACGUUACUCUAUCCAGACGAGCGAGGCGUUUGAGUUCCUCAUUCGAGUACCACAUUGGUCAACAACCUCUUCAACCGUAGAGCUUAGAGAUUCAGAAAAUUUUCACCGUCUAAAGAUUCCCGCUGGAGGCGAAUUCGACAUUUUCGUCACGCUGAGCGCGGAAGUGAGGAUCAAGGAGCACGACGACAAGUCCGUCAGCAUCUACCAUGGCGCCUUGCUCUAUGCCUUCGAGAUCGGCCACAAAACGCACACAAGACUGCCACGCAACUACAAAGACCAAGCCUCCGAUUGUACGGAAGUCGCAAAUAUCAGCGACUUGGACGAGAAGCCGUGGAUGAAAGCGUGUCGUGAUCAUGAUUACCUUCCAAACUCUCGUUGGAACAUAGGAAUUGACCCGAGCAGGGGCGUCACUGCUCUCCCAAAUCCACUUUGGGCUUCAGGAACUUCGCCCGUACAUCUUGAGGUUGAAGCUGCUGGGGUGGACUGGCCGGUUCGGAAUGGAACAGCGGCAGAUCCCAGUGCAGUUGAUACAGCUUCGCAUGAAGAGGCCUUUGUAGCUCGCCUAGUUCCAUACGGAACUGCAAAGCUACACAUAGCACAGUUCCCUGUGCUGAAGAGUAAGUAAAGUAAGAGGGUUUAAUUGCAGGUAUUGGGGGAUCGCAUUGAGAA